AUGGUAUCGGCUCGUGUCAAUAGGGACUGGUUUUACAAGCUCGCUUCUGAUCUACAGGAUGAGCGAGUUGAAGCGGCGGUGGGACUGAUUGGAGAGCUCUCGGCACUUACGUUGCCGGAUGAUGCGGAUGAAUGGUCGUACGUACUUAAGAGACUAAUCAAUGGUUUGGCGUCGAGCAGAAAUAGUGCUCGACUUGGCUUUUCGUUAUGUCUGGCCGAGGUCGUCAACGUGGCUUUGAACAUGGAGGGCGAUGUGCCGGCGGAAUUGGGUAGCAUGAACAACCUGCUCGAUUUGCUUUCUGAUACGUUGUCGUUGAAUUCCAAGAGUGCUGACUCUAAGAAGCCAGCAAAGGGUAAGGACGAAAGAGGCUUGCUGUUUGGCAAAAUGUUCGGGCUGCAGGCACUUUUAAGCGAAGUCGUCUUCGCAAAGAUCUUUAUUUCUGAGGAUGGAGAAAUCUCGGCUUUUGCGUUCCGCUUCAUGGAUGAAUUGUGCCAGCUAGCGGUUGUCAGAACUUGGCUGCGUGAGCCAUGUCUGUUUACGCUUUUCCAAGCCAUUCAAAAACUACUGCCGUACGUUGACAUUCAUGUGGCGCAAAGCAUCCUAAAACUGUUGGAUCAGUACCAGCUGACCUUGACCAAUGAAGGAAUCGCGAUCUAUGUUCUAUUGAACCACAAUCGCUCUGUGGAUCUCUCGUCGGCGCUUGCUCAAGUGACUUUGAGCUCGAAAUCUUGGAAGGCAAAUGAUCCGCUCGCGAGAGGCAAUCUACCCCUGCUGUCUAAGGUGCUCUGUAACUCCGGUGCAGCAGACGGCGAAGAUUCUGUAAAGGCAGCCAACUGGGCUCCAAGAUUGCAUUUCGUUUGGGAUGUCCUUUUGCCUGUGGUUACGCAGGAGCCAUCGAGCUCUAAUGGCAGUGGUAAGCAAAAGAACAAAAAAAGGAAGAAGGAAAAAUCGCAUAUUAUCCAAUUCCCAGAGUUCUGGCAAGCUGCCGUCGAUGAAACUAUCUUUAACGAAAAAGCAUCCAAUGAGAGGAAGUUUCUGGGAUUUGUCAUCUUCGAGAAAACCCUCCCGCUCGUUCCAUCUAAUUGGGUAUCAUGCUGUUUUAGCCAAAAUUUUUUAAGGACACUCAUAAACCACUCAAGCGACUCUAGACGAUUCCUCUUUAAGAUAUCCCACAAGAUUUUGAAUUCUAUUGUCGAUAUUUGUCAAAAAGACCCUUCCCACAAACUUGUGCCAUGUUUCACUGCACUUUUGUUCGGACCUAAUGGCUCGAUCAACUUUGAUAAACUAACGAAAACCAAAACCGUGUCAAAACUCUUGGCCUUAGACCAAUUAGACGAAGCUACUCUCUGCGAAAUAUUCGAGUCAUUAUCGAACUAUUCAGUGAAGUCCAGUUCAAGUGCAGAGAAGACUCAGUUACAGUUUGCAUUGGAUACUCUGCUGUAUGUCGUGCGUGGCCAUAGAGCGCAAUUGACCCAUGAUAUGGUUGUGGAGUUGCUCCUCCGUCCGAUCGUCUCGUUAGCAUUCUUUUUCGAGGGCGAUGAGACGAUCAACACUUUGGCCAACGAGAGACUCCAAUCAAUUUUGUCCGAAGCUAUGCAAUCAACUACUCAGAACCAUUCGUACCAAUAUUAUGCCCUACAGAUGAUUAGAGAAGCAGAAUCGUCAGGAAAGCAGUUAGCAACCAAAAUGGACGAAUCAUUGAAUGAAGUCAAAGAAAAUGCUUUUAAGGUCUUGAGUAGCGUUUCGACCGACUUGGAAAAUGCGCAGCUACGUGGUAUAGAAAUGCUUCUAUCGAUGUCUCUAUUGCAAUUGUACUCCGGAGAGAGUGAUGCAGUUCAAGUCGCUGAAGAGCUCUGCAGCUUCUACAAGAAUAGGGAUGAGAAUGACUCAUCCUUGGUGGGUAUGACAGAAAUUCUUCUAUCUUUGCUGGCACAGCGGAAAGCUUUGCUCAAAAAGUCAAGCCUCUACGUUUGGCAGCAAUUCAUCGAAGAUAUCGGAGAAGAAGAACUCAAAGUUUUGCUGGAUGUCUUGUCUGCUAGAGAAAAUAAGAAGGGCUUCAGUCAGCUCUUCGAGGGAGCUGGUGAAUAUGAGGCAAUGGAUGAGGGUUCAUCUGAAGAAAAGGAGCUUGAUGAUGAAAAAAGUGAGGAAGAAGACGAAGAAGACGAACAAGACGAGAGUAGCAUAGAGGACGAUGAUGAGUCUUCCGCAAGCGUUGAUGACGAGCAGGAAGAAGGUGCUGAACAGAGUGACAUUGCCAAAAUUGAUAGAGAAGCUGCAAGUGCUCUGGCGAAGGCCUUGAACCUCCCUGAAAAUAUCGUCAACGAGAAGGGCGAGGUUAAAUUUGAUCAGCUGGGGGACGAUGACGAGCAUGAAUUUGAUGCUGAGGAAGACGGGGACGAAGACGAGGAAUCCAUGGAUGACGAAAAGAUGAUGGAAUUAGACGGACAACUAUCCGAGAUUUUCAAGCGCAGAAAACAGGCUCUUUCGAGCAUCUCAACGGGUAAUCAAAGAAAAAUCGAAGCUCAAGAAUCUCGCGAAAGCGUGAUUGCUUUCAAGCAGAGAAUCAUUGACAUGCUUGAAAUCUAUGUUAGACAUGUUGAAAAAUCUGCGCUAAAAGAGUCUAAUCUCGAAGCAGAGAAGUCAGCAUACCCACCUUGCCUCCUGCUGAUUCAACCGAUGAUCAGAUGCAUUCAGCAGACAACCGAUAAGGCUUUGGCCAACAGAAUUGCCAAAUUAUUGAAGAGCAAACUUUUCAAGAUUAAGACCUCUUUUUUCAGUCGUAUAAGCCAUCAGAACACUUUAUUCGAAAUGCUAAAAUCAGUUCAUGAUGCACUGCUUCAGUCUAAGCCUGGUCUGCAUCAGGAAACAUAUUACUCUGUUGGUUCCAGCGCUUCGCUGUUUUUGAGCAAGAUUAUCAUGGAGAGUAGUGAUGGCAACAGUGAUGACAACUUAGGCCAGAUCAUCGAUCUGUAUGCAGAGACAAUGAAAAAAUGGGCUUCGUCCGGCAAGUUUGGUCCGAGUUUAUUUAUGGAUUUACCAAACUGGUUAUUCACCAGGAAGCAAACCUGUUAA